GUUAUCCUAUGGAAUAUUGUUCCUUUUUUUUUUUUUUUCCACUGUUCACAAACUUACCGGGUUCAUUGCUGUUCCAACACUUCUAGCAUCUAGACUACUUGAUAUAGGCUGCGUUUGAGGCCUACAUUUUCAUUUCUGUAUCUGGACUGACUGCGACGUAUACUUCAUAGAUGUAAAAUCCAAUAAAAUGCAAAGCCAAUUCAGUUUUCUUUUUAUUAUACGAAUAGGGAAGAAAUCACCUGUAAGACCAAGCCUCCGUGCACUCAAUACUCGGUCACGCCACUGAAGAAAGCUAUUGUCGAUACACACAAAAAAAAGCGCCAAAUAUCUCCCCGUGCAGCGAGAAACACGUCCAAAACCCACUGCCUCACGCCCAGGUUCUCCUACGCACUUCAUAAUGGGGGAGCCACAGCAAGUCAGCGCUCUACCAAUACCCCCCAUGCAGUACAUUAAGGAGUACACGGAUGAAAACAUCCGCAAAAGCCUGGCCCCCAAGCCUCCCGUCCCCAUAAAAGACAGCUACAUGAUGUUCGGCAACCAGUUUCAGUGUGACGACCUCAUUAUCCGCCCUCUGGAAACUCAGGGCAUUGAGAGACUCCACCCCGUGCAGUUUGACCACAAGAAGGAGCUGCGAAAGCUACUUAUGUCCAUCCUGGUAAACUUCCUGGAUAUGUUGGACAUCCUGAUCCGAAGCCCAGGCAGCAUCCGCAGGGAGGAGAAACUGGAGGACCUAAAGUUAUUAUUUGUUCACAUGCACCACCUUAUUAAUGAGUACAGGCCCCACCAGGCACGGGAAACCCUGCGCGUGAUGAUGGAGGUGCAGAAACGGCAGCGGCUGGAAACGGCAGAGAGGUUCCAGAAACACCUAGAACGAGUGGUGGAGAUGAUCCAGAACUGUUUGGCUUCGCUGCCUGAUGAUCUCCCUCUUCCUGAUGGCACUGUCAGUGUAAAAACAGAACCCAUGGAUGUUCAGGAACCCUGUACAGACCAUCACGAGGGGCCACAGGGAGCAGCAGCUUCUGUGAAAGAGGCCACAAUAGAUAAGGAUGCAGCUAUGUGUGGUAUCAUCGAUGAAAUGACCUAGACAGCUAAGAAAUCCUAACCAGAACUCUUGAACUUUAAAAGUCACAAGGAUUCAUUAAAAAACAAUUGCUUAGCUUUUUUUGUUGGUUGUUUUCAGCAUGGGGAUUUGCAAGGGAAAUGUUUGUCCCAGAGGGACUCAGUCACAGCUAUUGCCCAUCAUACAUAUCUGUUUAUUGUGUGGUUUCUCUACAAUGCUUUGCAAAGGACGUACACAAGAGAGCUACUAUUUUUCAGUGUUUCCCAUGCCAGUUCAUUUGUAGAAUGAAUGAUGGGGCUUGUAGUUCUGCAACUCCUCAGUGGAAGCAACUGCUUAUUUGUGAUUAAACUAUAAUGAGAGACAAUGGACUGGGCAAGACUUUUGAAUGUUGGGUAACUGAUAUGCUAUGUAUGUAAUCUGGUCACUUCACCUUAUUUACAGGUUCUGAAAUAUCAAAUGUUUAUUUAAAAGUCAAUAUUAAAAUCA